AUGAUCUGGCAGAGUGGAAAAUUCGCUGGAUUAGUGCUAUGCGUAGAAACAGCAUUUAUUAUUGUGUAUGCAUUCUUCGUCACUUACGAUGAGGAGGCAGAAGGAAUCACAGUUAAUCAAACUGCGACAAAAGAACAUAACAGCAUUCAAGAUUAUUAUCCAAUGUUUCAGGAUGUGAGCGUUAUGAUAUUUGCUGGAUUUGGAUUUUUAAUGACAUUCUUAAAGAAGUAUGGAUAUAGUGCAGUUGGUCUCAACAUGUUGUUAGCAACCAUCUCAAUCCAAUGGGCAAUCAUUAUGCAAGGAGUUUGGAAUAUGGAUAACGGCAAAAUUCCCAUAAGCAUUACCAA